UGCUAACAUUCGGUUCAUCAGGCACUCAGUGUCUUUUUAAUACAACCAUACAGUAUUCAUACAGCAUGUAGUAUGGUCGUGUUAUCGUCGCUUAGUUUAUGAGAAUAGCAUUCUUCAGCGUUAGCUUGCUAACGAUUAGCCACGAAGUUGGCAGACCUGUUAAUGUACUCCUAAGAUUUUUUCUCCGAAAUGGGGGAUGAUCGACCUUUCGUAUGCACUGCCCCAGGAUGUGGGCAGAGAUUCACCAAUGAAGAUCAUUUGUCUGUCCACAAACACAAGCAUGAAAUGACAUUAAAAUUUGGUCCUGCCCGAACAGACUCUGUUAUCAUUGCAGACCAGACGCCCACACCAACACGUUUCCUUAAGAAUUGUGAGGAGGUUGGACUAUUUAAUGAGUUAGCCAACUCUUUUGAGCAAGAGUUUUGCAAAGCACACGAAGAUGAGCAAAGGACAAAAAACCCGGCUAGAGGUGCACCUUUACAAACACCAUCUGAAGCAAAAGAUGAGGAUGAUAGUCCCUUACAAGUGGAUUCUUCCCCUCCAGGAAGUCCAGAUUCCUCAUCUAGCAUGUCAGACAACAGUAGAGAUUCAAGGGAGAUUGUCACAAAUCCUGUGGUAAGCUCGGCACCUACUCCAACUAUUGUGCGUCCAGGGUCUCUUCCUCUUCACUUGAGUAAUGAUCAACUACAUCCAACUCUGCCAUCUCCAACAUCUGUCAUCACACAAGCUCCACCCUCCAACAGACAGCUCAGCUCCCCAACAAGUUCUUAUCCAUUAGUGAGGCAUCUUCCCAAUGGGCAGACAGUGCCACUCUUACCUAGUCCAGUGCAGAUGACCUCAGUGAUAUCUCUUGCAAGGCCAGUGAACACAGUGCCUAACAUCCCUGGUAUCCCUGGACCUCCAGUUGGUGGAGCCAGCAGUGGAUCGUCCUCUCCAUCUGGGUACAGUCUGCACUCUGAAACCAAGAUGAGGCUGAAGGCAGCUCUAACUCAUCAGGGCCAAGCAGCACAAGAUGGUGCUGGUGGGGGUGCAGGGUCCAUUCCUGCUGUCCCCCAGAGACAAGAACAGAGCCAACAGCCCAGUCAAAACUCUGAUGCACCAUCACCUGCCCAACCACAGGUGUCCCCUGCCCAGCCCACAGGGGGUCGACGGCGACGUGCUUCAGAAAUGGACCCCGAUGAGAGGAGGCAACGUUUCCUUGAAAGAAACCGGGCAGCCGCCUCUCGUUGCAGGCAGAAACGAAAGCUGUGGGUUAACUCAUUGGAGAAGAAAGCGGAGGAUCUCGCCAGCAUGAAUGUUUCGCUGACGAAUGAAGUAACACUUUUGAGGAAUGAGGUGGCACAGCUGAAGCAGCUCCUCCUGGCCCACAAAGACUGCCCUGUCACCGUCAUGCAGAAGAAAGCAGCUUUCUUAGCUGCAGGAGGAGAUGAAACCUCCAGGGAUCCUUCCACCGAACCCAUCGGCUCCCCGGCGGCGGUCAUCCAGCACGGCCCAUCGCCACCUGCCUCUGUCUCCAGCCCAGGAGCCACCAUCAACGGAAUGAGCGUCCGUGCUGCAGAGGCCGUGGCCAUGUCAGUUUUGGCCGGCAUGGGGUCAGGCCAGCCGGGAGGGGUUGUCAUGGCAACGCAGUCACAGUCAGCCCCAAGAUGAUGUGCUGAUGCAGGUAGUCAGAAUAAACUUUGAGUGGCAUUUGGAGGCCGGACAGGUGCAAAGUGUUCGAGUGAGGGACCCAUCCUCUCUUAACCCCCAAACCCAGACUAAGAUUCUCUCCUCCCCUCACAGCCAAUGAUAAUCACACACCGACACGGCACAGUGCCUCCGUAACCCUCCACUCCCAGCAGGCUUCCUGUUCACAGAAGCCUCAUCACUCUGCGUUUGUAAAUAAGAAUACCACGUCGGACACUCACUCUGCAGGGUUUGGGGUUGUUUCUUUAUGACAGUUGGAAAAGGUUUCCGAUUGCAAUGAAAAGUAUGAAUGGAAGAUCUUUAUUUCAAAAUCAUCUUUUAUUUUCAAUUUACUUUAAAAUGCAGCUUUAGUCCAACUCUGGUCCACACUGGGCUGUGAUGAGGUUUAAUACUUUCCAGGCAGGCUGCUUUACUGUAAGAUAUCAUGUAUUUUUCAUUUGUAAGAAAAAAUUUUAAUGCCUGACACUGAUUGUUGAUUGUUGCAAGGUUGUGCUUAUUGCAGUAAAAGUCAACCUGGAAAGUAUUUUUGUUUUUCUGUUUCGUUUGCUUUUCAAUGUGUUCUUCAGUUUUCUAUGUGUAUUUUCUUUUUGAGUUAGUUCUCCCUAAACAUACAUGUCAUUAUAGUGCAUAACAAACCAAACUGUAGAUGUGAACACAGUUUACCCUGUGAGUGUGUGCCUGAAAUUGUUACCAUUUGUUUUAACCUAUUUCGAAUGGAUGUCAUUACAUUAGUGUAUGUAUCAAAACCCUAUUGACUGCAUGGAAUUAUUCAAGGCUGAUGAAUUACCACUGUUUGUGCUUCAUCAUACUAUCACUGUCUUUUGAUCCGCUUUUUUUUUUUUUUUCUGUCUCUUAAACCAUCAAAUUAUUGAUGCAAAAUUUGUUAUGUAAGGAUUCCAUCCUCAGUCCUAAUGUAACACUUGAAACAGUUAGCUUUAGAUGGCCUUUAAAUGAUAAUCAAACUGAAUAGAUUUUAAAUCAUUUAUCCAGGCAUUUCAGUUGAGGAAAGAGUAGUGCAAUAUAUUUUUCUAUUGAAUAUCAAUGUUCUUCUUGCAUUUAGGUGACGUGUUUAGCCCAGCCACUGAAAGGGGUUCGGUGUGUUUCUGUUGAAAGCUCAAGUAAUGAGACGACCAGAGAAAAUGUGAAGAUGAGUAUUCUUAAAUGAAUGAGAUCGGUGAUUAGCUCACAUCUAUAGAGUUCUACAGACGGCCUAGUCGCGGAUGUUUUCUAAUAUUUGAAAUGCUGUCUUGUAUUAUGAAGUAGACAUGAUACCUGUUUGUGCAAGGUGCUUCUUUUGAAAUGCAGAUUAUUUUAUAACACAUUAUAUUUCCAAGACUAUCAACUUGUUUUUCCCCUAUUUUGCCACCUUGUGUGUGUGUUGUUUUUUUUUUUUUUUAAGACAUGUUUUACAUGUUUAUUUUUGCGGGAAUUGUCCAUCAUGUGAUAGUAUGUCUUCUUAUUUUGCGCAAAAGAGUAGAUGUGUUUGUGUUAUACAGAACCACAUGACAAGCAGAAGAUAUGUGUACGGAUGGAGUUUGUCAAAUACUCAGGCCUCAAGAUGGGAAAAUUACUUGUGUAUAGUCUCAACUAAUGGAUAAGAUGUCUUGGGCAAAUAAUAAAAUAAAUUUAUGAGAAAGCA